AGUGCCAUUAUCAGCCCACUGCCGUCGUCUUGUCCAACAUGCCGAUGAUAAAGUAGUGCCUGGGCCUGCCAUAAAAUGUUGGUUCUGUCGCGGGAUCGGUGCUGCUACGGGGCCGGACCGCCGGUGGAUUGUCCAAUUGGCUCAAAGUGCACGGCGCUCCCCACACGCAAAUGGGAACAAAAAAAAAAACCAACGAACAGAAAUGUUUAAAGUGCAAAUAAACAACAUUUAUCGGGGUCGAGCAGCGAACAUAAUGGGACAGCCCACGAUUAUUCCUUCCACCCAGUUGGUGUCCAUUGCCGCCGCCGAGCAGGAGAUGACCGCCCUGGCAGUGUUGGCCCGCCAGCGGGAGGACGAGCAGGCCAACUACUCGGUCUGCCUGGAGGAUGCGCAGCUGUUUGGCCAGCUGGACGAGCUGAGGGGCGACGAAGACACUGAAGACAUGGAGCUGAUGAUGUUGUCGCCGGGGGCAGACUUUGACCUGAUCGAUCUGGUGAACGGGGCCCUGGAUCCCACAGGCAAUCACCACCACUCGAACACGCGACUGCAGAGCAAGCCCAAGCGGACCGCCAAACAGGGAGGACCGCAGGGAGCACCGCAUGCCUGCGACGUGUGCGGCAGGCGCUUCUCGGAGGCCUACAACCUGCGCAUACACAAGAUGACGCACACGGACGAGAAGCCGCACGUGUGCGAUGGCUGCGGCAAGGGUUUCCGGCAAUUGAACAAGCUGCGCAUCCACUAUGUCACCCAUACGCCGGAUCGGCCGCACAAGUGCGACAUCUGCGGCAAGGGCUUUCGCUUUGCCAACUACCUGGUCGUCCAUCGUCGCCUCCACACUGGCGAGAAGCCGUAUUCGUGUUCGGUCGAGGAGUGCGAUCUGACCUUUCACUCAAUUCAUGCGCGCCGCAUCCACACCAAGCUGCAGCAUGCGGCUCCCGUUCAAUCGGAUGCCGAGCAGGAGCAGCCAGAGACGACCACAGCCACUUCCAGUUCCACUUCCUCACUGUGCUACACCUGCACCAUCUGCGGCCGGGUGCUCACAGAUCAGUGCUACCUGAACACGCACAUGAAGCGGCACUACAACCAGCGUGACUUUCCCUGCCCGCAGCCGGAAUGCGGCAAGCGCUUCUUCAGCUCCUCCGAGUUGAAGCAUCACCAGAUCGCCCACACCCAGUAUCGGCCGUACGCGUGCACCGAGUGCCCGGCCCGAUUCCUCAGGAAAUCCAAUUACAAACAGCAUUUGAAAAUACACGAGCGCUGAGACACGAUUGAGGGUCCACUUCUGAUUGUUUGCCUUUGCUUUGCCUUUGCCUUGGGGUCUAUCUUCUUGUUUGUUUUAAUUGAUGUAAGUGUUUAUUUAAAUAUACGUUCCAUAUGUUUGUCUUUA